GUCAUGGAGAUCUACAACAUGUAUAGAGCCGAACUAUUGGUCGAAAACAUUGUUAUCUUCUUUGAUGCCGUCCAUACCGUGGCACUUCAUGCUCACAAGAUAAACAGUGAUGCAGCAUUACGUUCAAAGCUGCAAGAACUUGGAUCAAUUACUCAAAUGCAGGAUCCUCCACUACUUCGACUUGAGAAAGAGUCUUAUCAAAUUUGCCUUACAUUUUUGCAGAAUCUUGUAGUCAAUAGGCCUCUUGGUAGCAAGGAGUCAGAAGUGGAGUCUUACCUUGUGAACCUCUGCCAGGAGAUCUUACAGUCCUACAUUGAAAAUGCGUACUCAAAACAGAUGUCUGAUUCGUUUCUUGACAAGCAACUCCACUGGAGGAUACCUCUAGGUUCUGGAAGACAGAGAGAAUUGGCUGCACGAGCGCCUCUUAUUGUUGCAACUCUUGAAGCUAUGUGUAGCUUAGAAGAUUCAUCAUUUGUGAAGAACCUGCCUUCCUUCUUUCCCUUGCUUUCACGGUUGAUAAGUUGUGAACACGGGUCCAAUGAGGUUCAAAUAGCCUUGAGUGAUAUGCUUAGUUCAUCAGUAGGUCCAGUCUUACUAUGGUCAUGUUGAGCUCAGCAUCUCAGACGUUCUCUUCUUGGAUGUUUAUGAUAAUUUUAACGAGAUCUGCAAAUUUUGUUUGUAAUAUUUGUUUUUGAAAUAUAGGAUCAGAGUGUACGGGAAGUGGGUAAAGAUUUUCUACUGCCUUCUGCUACAGAAACCUACAGCAGUUAACUCGGGGGGUAGUUAACUCAGGGGGUCAGCUUAUGUAGAAUCACCAGAUGUUAUCGAGACACUAAAUUGAAUUUUAGAACAACAGUUUUGUACAUGAAGAGUUAAUGUUACUCAAUCUCUGUAAAUUGGCGUCACAUCUGUUUCGUGGACUAGCGAUAAGAUUUUGCUCAA